AUGAGGGUCAGCUAUCCUUAAAACCAAGUGAAAGUAUCUGUAUUCGCACUCUGUGUUUGUUUUUGAACAUAUUCAUGUGUUACCAUGUGGACCAAACUUAACACAAGCCAAGCUUGCUUACGUGUGUGCGUGUGUCAACCUACUUGACUUCAGGGCAAGCCACUGCAUGCUUUCACUAAGAGAACUUAUCUCUUUCUUUCUCGAUUUGUUCUUCUCCUCCUUCAUCCCCCAGCGUCUUCGAGACCAGAUCAAGACGUGGGUGGCCUCCAACGAGAUUAAAGACAAAAGGCAGCUAGUGGAGAAUCGCAAACUCAUUGAGACGGUGAGUGUGUGGAACACGUUCAUUAGCCGCGUACUGACGAAACCCUUGGUAUAAACACCUGUGUUUAGCAGGGCUUACAAAGCCACAUAGUGCACUGAGGUUAUUCAGACAGCUUCAACGACAGCACCUGCUAACACAAUGACAUGGAUGUGUCAUCUUAGCCUCUGUAUCUUAAUAGGGUUUUUAUCUAGGGUCUAUCUAAGUGUGAGCAUCUGUGUGGUUUUGGUUGACCUGAAAUGUGGUGCUACUAAGCCAAAAAUACAUGGGGUGAUGGUGAAAAAGAUACUUGGAUAGCAAGACUCUUGAUGCGACUUUUGUAUUGUGGUGAUUGGCCAAUACAAAUUCAGACACAAACAAUGGUGACUUUUGAUAUUACCUUUUGUGUGUAUUCAUGUCAAAGCCAUGUUAUCAGAUCUCUGUUAGCAGUAAGGUUUAUAUCAGGUGUAGGCAACUAGAUUCAGCCGCAGGCAAAUGGUCUGUGGGCUGGAACAUAAUUAUAAUAAUUUGUACACUGCAAAUUGACCACAACUAAGCCCAAAAAUAUUUUAUUUGAAAAUAACUAUUUCAUACCUUGAUGACGUUAAGACAUGAUGACAUUUAUUACAUUUUUUUGUGGGAAUAUAGAUUUCGUAAAUGAAACAUUUUUGCUUUGGGGGCCAAAUAAAAAUCGAACCCGGGUCUGUAGUGACGCUUCAAGCACUGCGAUGCAGUGCCUUAGACCGCUGUGCCACUCGGGAGGUGUCCCUGAUCUGUACUACGCAGAAAAGCAUAAUUAUGGAUAUUCUCCUCAUGUUUCACACGUUUGGACAUCGCAGCACAGUACAGUACAAUGCUCAUUUGGACAACGCAUAUUACUACCCUUACUGUGGCAGCUGACUUCUAGGGCAGUGCAUUGAAACAGCAGCACAGAGCUGUUGUGAAGGAAGUUGUCAAGUUGAGUUUGUGUUUAUACAGGACCUCCGGCACCCACCGUCAACCAAUCAUGACAAUGCAGAGCUAUACGGAUUCCUCCACAUUGUUACAAAAUGUGGGAGCUCAAAAUGGUAUGGAGCUCAAUUUGGCCUCUGCAUGCCUCCGGAGGCUCCAUUUUUGGAUCAAGCAUAAAUUGGCUUUUAGGCUCUGCUGCGUGUGGAAGUCAGAGGUUGUGGAGCCUCUACUGAGAUCACCUAGUGGAGUGUAGCCAGCAUUACUGGUCCAGAAAGCACACACAGGUGUCAAAACUUAGUAAUCACUGGCCUGAUUGGGAGUUCUGUACACCUGCCGCAGUCAUCCUGAAGCGUUAUAUUGGAGGAUGGCUUUAAUUGGUGAGGACUCUGUGUCAGUCUCCACCAACAGUGCCCAGCAGGCACACGUUCAGUAGGUCUGAAACGGUGAGGUAUUAUCUGAACUUGACCAAUUAAAAAAAUGCUCCCUUUUCAUUUUCCAUUGAAUAACAUUUUGAAACGUUUUGCAAUGGUGGAUCCUAAUGCCCUAACACGACCCUGCUUUGAUUGCCAACUAGUCCAAUGCUUUGACAUGAGCAGUUGGAAACGUCAGCUUUCACAAGCCAAAAGUUUUUUGGUCAAAGAGAACCUGUAGUGAUUUAUAAACCAAUUCCUGCUGUCUCCCCCUUUAGCAAAUGGAGCGGUUCAAGGUCGUGGAGCGAGAGACCAAGACAAAGGCGUACUCGAAAGAGGGGCUGGGCCUGGCACAGAAGGUGGACCCGGCCCAAAGGGAGAAAGAGGAGGUCGGCAAUUGGCUAACGGUGAGCGCUACUUUUGAUUGAAAACUUUUACCCCAAAGGGAAUUUGUUUCACACAACAUGAACACAUUUCUAUUGGCAAUAAUGUGGUCUGAUGACAUGACAAUAAUGACUUAGGGAUUUCAUCAUGCAUGCUAGGCCUAUUCAUUGCAGUGCACUGUGUUUUCAAAGUAGAUUGGAAAUAAUUUGCAGUAUCAUACAUUUUAUUCCAUGGCAAAAAUGAAAACACGAAGCAGAUGGAACUCUUUGGUCCUUUAAAAACCUGCUGUAUGUAAAAUAUUGUGUGCUUUUCCAACAUUAGGGCUGUUUUCUAAAUUUAAAUCUGCUUUGUGUUUUGUUUCCUUGCCACGAUACUAACGUGUAUUGCGAUACUGGUAUCGUCCCAGCCCUAAUAAUUUCACCUAUGAAACAGGUUAUUAUGCAGUGUGGUCCAUACAGACUGUGGUUGUGGUAUGAUUAUGACUGUUGUGUCGGUGUAAAUCACGAAUGACCUCUGUCGCCAAUCAGAAUACAAUAGACACACUGAACAUGCAGGUGGACCAGUUUGAGAGCGAAGUGGAGUCCCUCUCAGUCCAGACUCGCAAGAAGAAGGGAGACAAAGAGGUCAGUAGUCCUUUUGUUAUCGACCUUCCUCUCCUCCACCUCUCCCUGUUUCCUUCCGUACUUCCUGAAUCUUUUCUCUUUUAGAUGCGGUCAUUCUAACUCUAAAUUAAUCUCUCAUCCUAUGUCUCUUUAUUUUCUCGGCCCGCUGCAUUACCCAAUGCACCUAAUGUCAAGUAGGUACCAUCUACUUUACCAUCUGUUUUCCACUUCCAUGCCUCUACACAUACAUACAUAUAUAUAUAUAUAGUACAUUGAGAUUGUUAGCCCAAACAUACACUUUGAGUUUUAAGCAUAAACUUACACACGCGUUUCGUCUCUGCUAUAGAAACAGGACCGCAUCGAAGAGCUGAAACGCUUCAUCGAGAAGCACCGGUACCACAUCCGAAUGCUGGAGACGAUCUUGCGCAUGCUGGACAACGACACCUUGCCCGUGGACUCCAUCCGCAAGAUCAAGGACGACGUGGAGUACUACAUGGACUCGUCGCAAGACCCCGACUUUGAGGAGAACGAGUUCCUCUACGACGACCUGGAUCUGGAGGAACUCCGUAAGUGCUGCUUCAUCGUGGUGUUGUCGCGAUACUCAGUAUCACGCUACUGAUACGACAAAGUAUCAUGACAAGGAAACAUAACAUGAAGCAGACUGAAUUUCCUGAGGAAACCGUCCUGAUGUUGGAAACAGUCACCCAAAGUCACAUUUGUUUAUUUUCCACACUAUAGCACACAUUAUUUUACCUCAAGCCGGUUCUUAAAGAACCAUGGAGUAUCGGAAGUAUCAAUACUGUGUCGAGACAUCACUACUUGUGUGUUUAUUCCUGAAUAUGCGUUUGUACUGCAUGUCUUAGACCGCAUGUGGAGUAUGUAUAGUCUCAAAUGGAUGAUGGCAACAAAUUAGGGGGUAGAUCAGCUUUAAUAUUGGAGAUAGAUUGUGGCUUCCAGCAAUGUAAUUGUCUGCAUAGCUUGGUUAUUACAAUACUGUACAUUCUAUCAUUUCUGUUCCUGCUGUCUCUGUAUAACUGCCCACUUAACUUUUUCCAUAUGCAACUUUUUGUUUUUAUGUAGCUACCUCUCCCUCUGUCUCCCCCCAUCCAUCUCUUGUCUCUCUAGCCGGGUCGCUGGUGGCCACGUCCCCACCGGGCCAAUCGCUCCUGGACGACGACAUCUUCCAUCAGAUCUCCAGCGGCACGCCUACCUCCACCACUUCCUCCUCGCCCAUCCCUCCCUCGCCUGCCACUUACACUACGGUGAGGAAACCCUCCGCUGGUUCUGGCUGCUUCUCACUCUACAGUCUCCAUUGUAUCCCCUACUUGCUCUCCCAUUCUUUAGAACCACCCACUCUCAUUCUGUACUGUUACAGUAUAGUAAUUAGGUCUUGUGAAUGUUGAAUGCUCCUGGGUUGGAGUGGGUGCUCGGUGGUCCCUCGCUCUCAGAUCAGAGGGUUUGGAGCAACGAGGAUGAAAGCGAGAGGAUUAUGAUGUUGACGUUUGAUUGAAGUUUGUAUUGAGCCUCAAUGUGAACGGCACUUGAAUUAAUUUUGGUACAAAACAUAGGGUUUGCACGCGACGCAUGUUUUGUGUUGAAUUAGAACAGAUUGACAUGGCUCGGUGCUUAUUGGAGGUCUUUUGUUUUUUCCCCCAGGAGAACUCUGAAGAUGACAAGAAAAGGGGACGUUCGACCGACAGUGAAGUCGGUCAGGUAAGAUGACUUACAAUGUUAACAGUGCUGUGUAUGCGUCACUUGCAUUGAUUUGGGUCUAUGGUCUUUAAACAUUUUGCAACUUUCCAUCUAUACAUUCUCAGCUGUGCUGCACCAGGAGUGGUUUUGAAGUAAUGUAUUUUAUUCCAUUUCAGUCGCCUGUCAAGAACGGCAACCCCUCUUCGUCGUUAUCCUCCUCGUCCUCCUCCUCGUCCUCCUCUUCAUCCUCUGCCUCCUCGGGAGCCUCCUCAUCCUUGCUGGCCUCUAUGGCGACCAUCGCCGGGGGUGGCAUGCCUAUCACUGGGGGCAACAACAACAGCCUCCUGGGCAACAUGGGGGGUCUCCUCUCCAACUCUGGCAGCUACAGCAACGCUACCCAGCAGCAUCACCAAACCCAGCAGGCCAGAAACUCGGUCAUCUCCUCCAACGCCCCCUCCAACUCGUCGAACAACAUCCUCCUCCCCAGCCCCUCCGCCUCCUCACCCGCAUCCUCUAGCACAACCCUCCCCCCACUCACGCCCAACACCCAGCUGCAGGCUCCGUCAAGGCCUUUGCCGUCCUCCAGCUUGGGGCUUGGGUUGGGCUUGGGCCUUGGUAAAGGCGGCAUUACAGGGUCACCGGCCGUCAGCCAGAUGUCGGGUCUUGGCUUGUCGGGGAUGCCGGCAUCCCUAAACACCAUGGCCGGGCUCCUGGCGGGCUCCACUUCGGCCCCCUACGCCACGGCAGCAGCAGGCUCCGGAACCAUCGGAAGCCCUCUAGCAGGGAAAAUCGUCAACGUCAGCAGUAGCAGCCUUAACUCCAGCACAGUGGGACCGGUGGGCGGGAACACCGUCGGCGACAGAUCCACGGGCCUGUUGGGCUCUGCACCCAGUGCAAUUGGUGUCAGCGGUGGGAUCCUCAGCCUAAGCAGCCUUGGCUCAGGGCAGUCGGCGGUCCAGGGCCCUUCCCUGGUGGCCCCCAGUCCCAUAGGAGGCCUGGCCCCUGGAAGCAGCCUGGGAGCCAUAGGAAGCAUUGGAGGGAACUCUGGUUCAGGCGCGCCAAGCAGCAGUGUGGGCAUGGGAGGAGGCAGCGCAGCGAUCGCAAGGCCGCCCAGUGGACAGAAGCAGAAUGGUAGCACUAGUAAGCUUGAAUUACUAUCCGCUUAUAUUGUGUGUUGUUGAUGGGUUUUAUCCAUCCAUGCCAUUAUUUGGUUUGUUCCAUAGUAGUUGUUCAACCCAGCAUUGGGUUGUACAGAUUAUAAGGUAGAGCAAACCAAAUGUAUAUCAUUUCUGUGUAUUAUCAGAGUUCCGUUUGUUUGUAAGCCUCCCUCUCGAUGUCCCAGGUUACAGUGCUGUAGUAGCAGACAGCACACCCGAUUCCGCCCUCAACAAUACCAGCCAAUUACAAAGCAGCCAACCCUCGUCUUUGACCUGCACCACCAAUCAGCCGUGAGUCAAAUAUAAUAAAAAUGUCCUAUAGUAUCUUGGAUUGUGAACCUCACUGUACAAAGUGUAUGGUCAGAAUUAGUCAAACUCACUUAAAAAGCACAUCAACCAAUGUCUCUCCUCUCUCCCACCUUCCCAGUAAAGACAGUGGCCCCAGCCUCUUAGGGUCCAUGACUCUUCCCACCAGCUCUCCCUCGUCUUCCUACAGCGAGAGUAAACCUUCAGGCGGCAGUAUGCUCAACGGGCCACUCUCCUACACACAGACCUCUGAAAGCAUGAAGGUGAGAAACACAAGUAGCUUCAUGUAAUAAUUGCCCUGGCCUUAGACAUAGCUCUAGGAUCAACCCCAAAUACUAACCUGAGCCAUUACGGGGAGAACUUCUUGGGACUGAACCGAAGCCAGAUUUCCUGAUCUCUCACCCAGUUGGUUUAACCUCUUUCCUCUCCUUCAGCCCCAGGAGCCUCUGAGCACUCUAAAGUCUAUGGCAGAACGAGCGGCACUGGGCUUAGGAAUGGAGGGAGAGAUGCCCCCUCUGCACCUCACCACAGGUGAGCAACCGACUGGACGUAAAGGCUCAAUUGGGCCAUGGGGAUCAGUCUUGGAAUGAGACCAGUUUGUAUUUGUUAGGGAUGCCCAUUAGCUGCUGCCUUCCUGGGGUCCAACAAAAGGAAGGCAGUUACAGUGGGCGAAAAAAGUAUUAGUCAGCCACCAAUUGUGCAAGUUCUCCCACUUAGAGAGAGAGGCCUGUAAUUUUCAUCAUAGGUACACGUCAACUAUGACAGACAAAUUGAGAAAAAAAAAUCCUGGAAAUCACAUUUGUAGGAUUUUUUAUGAAUUUAUUUGCAAAUUAUGGUGGAAAAUAAGUAUUUGGUCACCUACAAACAAGCAAGAUUUCUGGCUCCCACAGACCUGUAACUUCUUCUUUAAGAGGCUCCUCUGUCCUCCACUCGUUACCUGUAUUAAUGGCACCUGUUUGAACUUGUUAUCAGUAUAAAAGACAACUGUCCACAACCUCAAACAGUCACACUCCAAACUCCACUAUGGCCAAGACCAAAGAGCUGUCAAAGGACACCAGAAACAAAAUUGUAGACCUGCACCAGGCUGGGAAGACUGAAUCUGCAAUAGGUAAGCAGCUUGGUUUGAAGAAAUCAACUGUGGGAGCAAUUAUUAGGAAAUGGAAGACAUACAAGACCACUGAUAAUCUCCCUCGAUCUGGGGCUCCACGCAAGAUCUCACCCUGUGGGGUCAAAAUGAUCACAAGAACGGUGAGCAAAAAUCCCAGAACCACACGGGGGGACCUAGUGAAUGACCUGCAGAGAGCUGGGACCAAAGUAACAAAGCCUACCAUCAGUAACACACUACGCCGCCAGGGACUCAAAUCCUGCAGUGCCAGACGUGUCCCCCUGCUUAAGCCAGUACAUGUCCAGGCCCGUCUGAAGUUAGCUAGAGUGCAUUUGGAUGAUCCGGAAGAGGAUUGGGAGAAUGUCAGAUGAAACCAAAAUAUAACUUUUUGGUAAAAACUCAACUCGUCGUGUUUGGAGGACAAAGAAUGCUGAGUUGCAUCCAAAGAACACCAUACCUACUGUGAAGCAUGGGGGUGGAAACAUCAUGCUUUGGGGCUGUUUUUCUGCAAAGGGACCAGGACGACUGAUCCGUGUAAAGGAAAGAAUGAAUGGGGCCAUGUAUCGUGAGAUUUUGAGUGAAAACCUCCUUCCAUCAGCAAGGGCAUUGAAGAUGAAACGUGGCUGGGUCUUUCAGCAUGACAAUGAUCCCAAACACACCGCCCGGGCAACGAAGGAGUGGCUUGGUAAGAAGCAUUUCAAGGUCCUGGAGUGGCCUAGCCAGUCUCCAGAUCUCAACCCCAUAGAAAAUCUUUGGAGGGAGUUGACAGUCCGUGUUGCCCAGCGACAGCCCCAAAACAUCACUGCUCUAGAGGAGAUCUGCAUGGAGGAAUGGGCCAAAAUACCAGCAACAGUGUGUGAAAACCUUGUGAAGACUUACAGAAAACGUUUGACCUGUGUCAUUGCCAACAAAAGGUGUAUAACAAAGUAUUGAGAAACUUUUGUUAUUGACCAAAUACUUAUUUUCCACCAUAAUUUGCAAAUAAAUUCAUAAAAAAUCCUACAAUGUGAUUUUCUGGAUUUUUUUCUUCUCAUUUUGUCUGUCAUAGUUGACGUGUAUCUGUGAUGAAAAUUACAGGCCUCUCAUCUUUUUAAGUGGGAGAACUUGCACAAUUGGUGGCUGACUAAAUACUUUUCUCCCCCACUGUAUAUGCAGUGUUGUUGGGGGGGGGAGCUUUCACACCAGACCCUCCUUUUUUCUAACUCUAUCUUGUCUCUCUGUGGCUUCAGACAUUUUCCCCAGCACUACAUUGCCUCCGGGGCCUCCCUCGGCCCCCCAGCAGCCCUCGCUCUCGGAGGUCAGCAUCCCCCCAUCGCUGGGCGUGUGCCCGCUCGGGCCUGUGCCCCUGUCCAAAGACCAGCUGUACCAGCAGGCCAUGCAGGAGUCGGCCUGGACACACAUGCCCCACCCCUCCGACUCUGAGAGGAUCAGGUAUGAACAAAGCCGCAAUCUAAAGCCACAAAUGGUCUCCGGGGUUGAAUCUCAAAAGUCUUCUCACUUCCCUCUCACAUUUUGGCAAAGAGCGAGGACAUGAGGUAUCAAGGAAAAUAGUUUUGAGAUUCACCCCAGGUCUCCAUUUGGGAUUUCUUUAUAAUUUCUGUGCACUGUUGCUUUUGACACUAAAGGUGUGUAGAAAUUUUUUUUCUUCCAGGAUUACGCAAUGUAUUAAUCCCCUAUUGUGACUGUUUUGGUCCUCCAGGCAGUACCUGAUGAGGAACCCAUGCCCCACCCUGCCUUUCCACCACCAGGUGCCGCCCCCCCACUCCGACUCUGUAGAGUUCUACCAGAGACUUUCCACAGAGACACUGUUCUUCAUCUUCUACUACCUAGAGGUGUGCGUGCGUUUGACAAAACAAGCUUUAUUGUGUGACUGAGACGCUGAUCAUUUCCAUGGUUUUACUUUUGAUGAGGAAGAUGGCGGUCUGCAUUGUUUCAAUCUUCAGGCCAAGCCAUGUCAUGUUUUGGAUAUGAUUGUGCAUUUAAUAGUAACAGAUUCCCUUCUGCGUUAUUUCCACAGGGCACUAAGGCCCAGUAUCUGGCAGCCAAGGCCUUGAAGAAGCAGUCGUGGCGAUUCCACACCAAGUACAUGAUGUGGUUCCAGAGGCACGAGGAGCCCAAGACCAUCACAGAUGAGUUUGAGCAGGUGAAUUCGGCACCCCUCCACACACAGCAGACUCCUUGGACUGCAACCUGGGUCGUGUUCAUUGGACACCAAAUGGAAGAAAACGGAUUGAAACAGGGAGAGAUUACCUUGACUUGUCCAAUAAUAAACGCUUACUUUCAUUUUUCGUUGCAAAACGUUUUAAAAUGUUAUCCAUUGCAUGCUCCAUUAAAAUAAUGUUUCUGUAGAUUAACCCAUAUUGGAAGAUUUGUCAAAUGUAUUUUUUUUUUUGGGGGGGGGGGUUUGUCUGUUACAUUUGUGAUUUAUUUACUUUUGCUCUGGCCACUGACAUUACUGUGCUUUUUCCAAUGUCUUUUAAAGGGGACGUACAUUUACUUUGACUAUGAGAAGUGGGGCCAGCGGAAGAAGGAAGGAUUCACGUUUGAGUACAGGUACCUUGAAGACCGAGACCUCCAGUGACAUAAGGCAGAGGAGGAGAAUAAAAGAAGGGUGGACUACUGUCAACAUUCCUGGAUUGAACUCAACACACUGGGAAGAGGGACGGAUGCAGACGCCAGACUGAGCCAGUCUUAGCAGAGCGUAAUGCAUUUGGAGCUCCUCUCUCUUUGCCCUGCGAAGCCACACUCACUUCAGUGAUCAAACCCUCCCUCUUUUCCCAUCAGGCUGUUUUGA